AUGGCGGAGCAGCACGUUUCAUUCAAGGUCGAGGAUCUUUUCUCUGUAAAGGGCCGAGUGGUCGUGAUCACGGGCGGAGGGUCCGGUAUUGGAAAAGCACUCGCGGAAGGAUUCGCCGUCAAUGGCGCCAAGGUAUACAUCUCCGGGCGGAGACAGGCGGUACUGGAGGCUGCGGCAAAACAGAUUGGCGGUGAUAUACACAUUAUCCAAGGCGACGUGCAGACAAAGGACGGUUGUUUGAAGAUUGUGGACGCCGUCAAAGCGAAAGAGUCCCAUAUUGACACCCUCAUCAAUUGCGCCGGCGUGAGCAGUCCGUGGAGAGUCCCCGCUAAGGAUGUUAACAAUCCUGAUGAUGCGGAGAAUCUCUUGAUCAAUGGCCUCGAGGAGGAGGAUUUUGACCGAAGUAAUCAAAUCCAUGUGAGCGGCGUCUACUUUUUGACAGUAAACUUCGUUCCUCUUCUUCGCAAAGCGGCAGACCCCAACGUCUGCGUGAUUGCCUCACUCGCAGCUCUCGGAGCGCAGAGGACCAUGGGCUCCUUGACGUAUAGCGUCUCCAAAGCCGCGAGCGUCCACCUCGCGAAACAACUUGCUGCCCGUUUGCAUCCCAUGAAGAUCCGCGUUAAUACCAUCUGCCCCGGCAUCUUUCCAUCUGAGAUGACCGGCGUUGCUUCCGGCAAACACGAAUACAAAAUCGGCCACAAGGCCGAGAAAGCUGCCUUGCGGUGCACUGCUGGCCGACCUGGUCGACCGGAGGAGAUGGUUGGGCCGGUUCUGUUGUUGUCGAGUCCCGGGGGUGGGUAUAUGAAUUGUGCGUUGUUGACGGUUGACGGUGGGAGGAUGUUGGGGAUCUCGAUUAAUGACGGUGUUCGGAUGCCAGAGGAGACGUACACGUAG